AUGUGGCUUGACCGCUUUGGUGGGCCGCACCCUGCAAACACGCCGCCGCCGAGCCAAAGCCGAACACAGUCGUCGCUACCCCGUCGCACAUCGAGUGCGCGAGGACCGUACCUCACAUCACAGAGACCGGGGCUUUCCCCAAGGGUCUCUUCGCUGUCUGUAACCUCGACGGAUUCUUCGUCUUCCUUGCUUGGGCACCCAAAACGUGCCAAUGGUUCGGCCUUGAAGCAGGCCACGAGUGUAGACUUCGGUUCUGACCCAGCGGCCAUUUUGACCACAAUUCUUGGGCCAUUACCCGACCACGCUACUCUGGACGAAGAAAACCGGACAAGGAAGAUUACAGACAAUGGCCUCAAUCUUGAUUUUGAAUUUAAAGGCCUCUCCUUGCGGGAGCUCGCCGAUGGUGAGGCUGGCGGUGCCGUGGCAGGAGAUGCAUACCGGCCACAAACGGUGGAAGAUUUCGAGAAGGAUAAAGCCAAAUUCGAAGACCUCCAUCGAUCCAUCCGGGCAUGUGACGACAUUCUAAGCUCCGUGGAAUCCAACCUUACUAGCUUUCGCAAUGAUCUCGCUGCCGUAUCUGCCGAUAUCGAGACCCUCCAAGCCCGAUCGACCGCCCUGAAUGUUCGACUAGAAAAUAGGAAGGCCGUCGAAAAGGCUCUCGGGCCGAUCGUGGAGGAGUUGAGCGUCUCACCCGUGGUAGUAUCCAAGAUUUCGGAAGGCCACAUCGACGAGGCGUGGGUGAAAACCUUGGCAGAUCUAGACAAACGGACAUCGGCGUUGAAGAAACCCUCGCAACAAACGACGGACAAAGCUCUUGCAGAUGUGGGGCCGUUAUUAGAAAAGCUGGUCAUGAAGGCCGUCGAGCGAAUACGGGACUUCCUUGUUGCCCAAAUAAAGGCACUCCGGUCUCCUAAUAUCAACGCUCAGAUUAUCCAGCAACAGAACUUUCUUAAGUUCAAAGACCUUUACUCAUUCAUUCACCGUCACCAGCCCGGUUUAGCUGGUGAAAUUUGCCAGGCGUACCUCAACACCAUGCGCUGGUACUAUUUGAACCAAUUUACUCGGUAUCAAAAGGCGUUGGAGAAGCUUAAGCUUCAUACACUCGACAAGAACGAUGUGCUUGGCCACGAAGAUACCUCAAGGAGGACUACGGUUCUCUCGGGCUCUAAAAUUUCUAACGCACCCCACGACGCCUUCAAUCUGGGAAGGAGAAUCGAUGUUCUCAAAGCCACUAACCAACUCGCCAUAUCCUCCUAUCUAGCAGAAGAGGAUCAAUCCACACACUACCUCGAAGUUCCCUUCCGCCACUUCAAUCUUGCUCUCAUUGACAACGCUACUGCAGAGUAUAGCUUUCUUGCGGCCUUCUUUAGCCCAGCGCUCUCGUUCACAGCCAUUUCGCGACACUUCAAUUACGUCUUCGACCCAAUCUUUUCCCUCGGCCAAGCUUUCACCCGGCAAAUUGUUGCCGACACAUACGACGGACUUGGCGUCCUGCUGUGUGUACGCCUCAACCAACAGUUCGCCUUCGAACUACAGCGCCGCCGCGUACCCGCUGCUGACGGCUACAUCAACGGCACCGCCAUGACAUUGUGGCCACGCCUACAGAGCGUCAUGGACGCCCACUGCGAGUCGGUGCGGACGUUAACCGCGGCCCUACCCACACGCGCGGGGUCGGCGGCCAGCGCUAAGGCCGCCUCCGCCGCGCCACACGUGGUGAUGCAACGCUUUGGCCAGCUGUUGCACGGGGUGCUAGCGCUGAGCGCUGAGGCGGGCGGCGAUGAUGAACCUGUGGUAGCCAGCCUGCGGCGGUUGCGGAACGAGGUUGAGGGGUUCCUGGCUAAGACAAGCCAGGCAAGCUUCGGGGCUGACAAGAGGAAGCGGGAGCGGUUCUUGUAUAAUAAUUAUAGUUUGGUUCUUACCAUCAUUAGCGACGCGAGCGGGAAAUUGGCAGGCGAGGAGCAGGAACACUUUGAGUCGUUGAAGGCGAGCGCCCAGGAAGCCGGGUAA